UGAAAGGGGUGGUUGGCUAUAUUUAGAGGGCCAAAGUUAUAUUGAAGGGUCUUCCGAUCUGGGGCUCAAUACUGCUUAGUCCAGCUGGGACAGUGUUGAGAGUUGCAUCCAUAUCCUUUGUCAAGUCACGUUUCUUAUAGCAUGGAUCCGAAAGCCAUAAGGGAAGAUCUGCGCCUGUUUCAGAGCACCCUGCUCCAGGAUGGCCUAAAAGAGCUUCUGAACGAGAACAAGCUUAUUGACUGCAUUCUGAAAGUGGGAGACAGAAGCUUGCCCUGUCAUAGACUCAUUUUGGCAGCCUGUAGUCCUUAUUUCCGAGAGCUUUACUUCUCAGGCGACGCUAAGGAAAUGGAUAAGGAGGUCGUUCUGGAGAAUUUGGAUCCCACAAUCAGGGAGAUGAUUGUGAAUUACAUGUAUUCAGCAGAGAUCGACAUCACAGAUGACAAUGUGCAGGAUAUCUUUUCUGUGGCAAACCGUUUCCAGAUCCCCUCAGUGUUCACUGUGUGUGCAAAUUUCCUACAGAAGAAGCUGUCCCCGGGUAACUGUAUGGUCAUAUUCAGAAUGGCACUGGUGCUCAACUGUCCUAGACUGGCAUUGGCAAGUCGAGACUACAUUGCAGAUCGUUUUGAAACCCUGGCCAAGGAGGAUGACUUCUUAGAGCUGGCCUCUCAUGAACUCUUUGCUGUCAUCGGAGCGGACUCUCUCAGUGUAGAAAAGGAGGAGGUGGUGUUUGAAUCCCUGAUGAAAUGGAUUCGAAAAGACGAGAACCGUGUCAAGACUCUGGAUGAGGCCUUUGGCUGCGUCCGUUUCCGUUUACUCCCAGAGAAGUACUUCAAUGAGAAAGUGGAAAAGGAUGACAUCAAGUCUGACCCCGAGCUCCUCAAAAAAAUCAAAGUGAUCAAAGAUUCCUUUUCCAGGAAACUCCCCGAAAAGAAGACAGGAGAGUCAGGGAAGGAUGCAUCUAAUGGUGAAGUAGAAGAGGAUAACAGGUUACCUGGUUACCUGAAUGAUAUCAAGAGAGUUGGUAUGUAUUCCAAGGAUCUUGUGAUGAUGAUCAACGACACUGCUGCAGUGGCCUAUGAUGGUGUUGAGAACGAAUGCUUCCUUGCUGCAUUGACUGAGCAGAUACCACACAACCAUGUCAGCCUGACGUAAGAGAAGAAUGAUCUCUUUAUCCUGGGAGGAUUGUUUGUCGACGAAGAGGAUAAAGAAGCUCCAUUACAGUGCUACUUUUAUUAGCUGGAUAUCCUUGCUGCUGAUUGGAUAGCUCUGCCCCCUAUGCCCUCUCCCAGAUGUCUGUUCAGUAUGGGAGAAUUUGGCAAUAAAUUGUUUGCUGUAGCUGGUAAAGAUCUACAGUCCAACGUGUCUCUUGACUCUGUAAUGUGCUAUGAUGUUGAGACAAUGAAGUGGGCUGAGACCAAAAAGCUGCCUCUGAAAAUCCAUGGUCAUAGUGUUGUCUCCCAGAAUGGGUUGGUGCACUGUAUCGGAGGGAAGACAGAUGACAACAAAGCAACCAAUAAGAUGUUUGCGUACAACCACAAGAAGUCAGAAUGGAAGGAGCUGUCUGCUAUGAAAAUGGCAAGAUCCAUGUUUGGGGCAGUCGUUCACAAUGGGAAGAUUGUGGUAACUGGAGGGGUCAAUGAAGAUGGUCUCACCGCUGCAUCUGAAGCACAUGACUUUGGAAACAACAAGUGGGUGCCCUUCACAGAUUUCCCCCAGGAGAGGAGCUCCGUGAACCUGGUCAGUAGUGGAGGAUUGCUAUAUGCCAUUGGAGGCUUUACCAUUGUGGCGAUGGAGGACGACAAAGUUGCCCCUACGGAAAUCAUUGACGUCUGGCAGUACAAGGAGGAUAAAAGUGAAUGGACCGGAAUGCUCAAAGAGAUACGUUAUGCCGCAGGGGCCUCCUGUGUUAUGCGCCUCAAUGCCAAAAUUAUGAACAAGAACACAAUAUGUACUGUCUAGAUGUAACAUGGAGAACUGAGAAAAGUAUUUAUUUAAAAGUGACUUUCAUCCAGAUCCUUCAGGAUUGUAACUCACCAUAAUAUUGUUUUUUGUUGCCCGUCUUUAUAAAGUUAAUUUUAUUGAACCUUUAUUUAACAAGACAAGUCAGUUUAGAACAAAUGAUGAUCUACAAUGACCAGCUACCAAAAGGAUAAAGACCUCCUGCAGGGACGGGGGCUGCAGCAAAAGAAAAAACACACAUCACGACAAGAGAGACAACACAACAUAAAGAGAGAUCUAAGACAACAUAGCAUGGCAGCCCCACAGCAUGGUAGCAGAACAAAACAGGGUACAAACAAGGGCAAGAAAGUAAAGUUUGUACCUUAAAAGGUUUGUCUACAUACAUGUCUUCCUGCUCAAUGUAUUAUAUUUAUGAGGAACAGAUUCAUUCGCGGAAUCAAAACCACCAAAAUAAAGCUUUUAAAUUUA